AUGAGGAACUUCAGUGUUUGAGUAGUGAUCAUGCGAUCAUGCGAUCAUGCGGCAGUAUGUUUUAGUGUAGCGCGUCUUGUAAUGAAGCUAUUUUUAAUUCACCGCAGGAAACAUGUGUCUUUGUUAAGUGUUUAUGGAUGAGGAGAUGUUGAUGACCGGGGAGCGUCAUGGUGAUUAUUAAUUCACUGCUGAAACUGGUGCAGCGACAGACAUACACCUGUCUGUCUCAUCGCUAUGGACUGUACCUGUGCUUUGGAGGACUCGUACUUAUGAUCGUGUCUGCCUUUCAAUUUGGAGAGGUAGUGGUAGAGUGGAGUCGUGAUCAGUACCAUGUAUUAUUUGAUACCUACAGAGAUAAUGUUGCAGGAAAGUCAUUUCAGACCAGGCUUUGUCUGCCGAUGCCCAUCGAUGUGGUUUACACUUGGGUAAAUGGGACUGACACAGACCUGCUGAAGGAUCUUCAUGCCAUGAGAAAGCAUUUGGAAGAAGAGCAGAAGGCAUUAAGGGAACGUCUGGGAAAGAAUGCAUCUGAAAUGACUGAAGCUCCGAAAGGAAGGCCAGAAUGUCUGCUGUCGCACUGCAUCAUGGCUCCUGUGCUGGUUUUGGAUCCUGCCCUCCCUGCCAACAUCACAUUGAAGGAGCUUCCAACUCUUUCAGCUGCUUUCUCCUUUACCAAACAACUCCUACAGGUGGCCAAACCCCUCCACCCCUCUACAAGCGUAUCUGUCUUACUGUUCCACUCCCACAGUGAAGCUGAAAAGGCCCAGACAGAUGCUGUGAAGGACUCCCUGACACACUCCAUCAGCAGAGGUUACCUGACGACUGAUAAAGAGGCACCUGGUCUGGUCCGCAUGCACACUCUGGCCUACCUGAGCGGCUUCCCAUCAUCAUUAAAGGAAACAGAACAGCUCAGGGUCAAACUACCAGCUGUGGUGACCGGUAAAAUCAAACAGUUGCAGCUUUACUCUGAGGCCAGCAUCGCUCUGCUAUACCUGAACACCGCUCAGGAUUUCACUGAUCUUACUCAGCAGGCCAAGAAGAACCUGACGCUGGACGGGAAAGAACUGACAGUCAGCCCAGCAUAUCUGUUCUGGGACCUGAGUGCAAUCUCACAGUCCAAGCAGGAUGAGGAUGUGUCUGCCAGUCGCUUUGAAGAUAACGAGGAAUUGCGCUAUUCACUGCGAUCUAUCGAGAAACACGCACCCUGGGUGCGUCACAUCUUUAUUGUAACUAAUGGGCAGAUCCCGUCUUGGCUUAACCUGGAUAAUCCACGAGUUUCUGUGAUUACCCACCAGGACAUUUUCCAGAACCAGUCUCACCUGCCUACGUUCAGUUCUCCAGCCAUUGAGACCCAUAUUCAUAGAAUCCCAGGACUCUCACAAAAGUUCAUCUACCUCAACGAUGAUGUCAUGUUCGGCAAGGACGUUUGGCCUGAUGACUUCUACAGUCACUCCAAAGGUCAAAAGGUUUAUCUCACCUGGCCUGUUCCAAACUGCGCCGAGGGCUGUCCAGGCUCCUGGAUCAAAGAUGGCUACUGUGACAAGGCCUGCAAUAACUCAGCCUGUGACUGGGAUGGAGGAGACUGUCAAGGUGCUGCAGGCAGCACUCGUUUUGGAGGAGGUAUAGGUGGCGGUUCUGUGAUUGGAGGCGGGCAACCUUGGCAGUUGCCAGGUGGUCUAGGAGGGCUGGGGGGUGUGUCCUUCUGUAACCAGGGUUGCGCUAACUCUUGGUUGGCCGAUAAGUUUUGUGACCAAGCGUGCAACGUCCUGGCCUGUGGGUUCGAUGUGGGUGACUGUGGACAAGAUAAUUUCAACCAGCUCCACCGUGUCAUUCUCCGGAGAAACCAGGCACAAUACAUCCUGCCUCAGGGAGAACUCCGGCCAUACUUUAGCUUCUCAGGCAUAGCUAACCGUGUGUCAGAGGCUCAGGUCGGUGAUAACCCAGUGGUCCGUCACACUUCUGUCGCCAACAAAUGGAAGACCAUCCACCUACUGCUGCUGCCUGGACACAAUGCCACCCAGAUCCAAUACAACAUCACUUUUCAGGACACUGACAGCCACGACUUCACCAUGAUCUUCUCUGUUGCUGUAGAUACCCGAGAACUCUCCAAGUCUAAUGUGUCCGACCCAGUUCUGGAGAAGAAUGAGCAUGAACCCAAACCAACUGUGGUGACCCCAGAACCAGAGGUCGACUUUGAAGAUGUUGCCAAAGAAAAACGCGGCCCUAGAGUUAGAGAAAAGACCCUUGGCGAGAUAGAGACUGUGCAGGUACCUGCGUUAAAUGAAUCUCUUUUGCCAGAGGAAGUGAAGGUUGAGUUAAAGAAACUAAAUGAGAAGCUAAUAUUGGGUGAUAUCACCAUUAAAGGCUAUAAUUUGACCAAAGCUCUGUUGUUGGAGCCCUACAAGGACAAAGCUCAGUUUUCACUAAACAACAAAGACCCUGUAGAGAGGCAGGACCAGAGCAACGAAGCGAAACAUUCAGAGGAACAAAACACAGACAAGAAACUUCCUUUAUUCAAUACACAGCAGGAAGAGAAGACAGCAAGGGUGAAAAGAUCACAUGAAGACCCAGGAGCAGAGGAACAUGACCAAAUUAAAGUCUCGCCAUCUCUUGUUCCAGUCCAGAUUGAUGGGGUAACUCCCAAAGCUCAAUCCCGAAUGGCUGGCAUGGAGAAACCUCAUGCAUCUAAGCUCCUCAGCACUCUGGUGGGGAACAUGUCCAAAGAGAGCGGUCUAGAAAAUGAAGCCCACAUCCGAGGGUGGCCCAUGAGCCGUAAACUCCAGCACUACACCAGCUCAGACCGUGGCUUCCUUCCAUGGGAGAGGAUGAAGUUCUUUCAGGAUCUUUUGGAGGAAGAGGAGCGUCUGGAGAGAGAGCUUCAGUAUACAGCUGACAGUGCCAUGACUGGCAGGAGGUUGCAGGACACUUUCGCAGACUCACUCCGCUAUGUCAACAGACUCUUGAAUGCCCAAUUCGGCUUCACCUCUCGCAAAGUGCCUGCUCACAUGCCUCACAUGAUUGACAGGCUCAUCAUGCAGGAGCUGCAGGACACUUUCCCUCAGGAGUUUGAUAAGACCUCCUCUCAUUGCGUACGUCACUCUGAAGACAUGCAGUUCGCCUUCUCUUAUUUCUAUUUCCUGAUGAGUGCAGUGCAGCAGCUCAAUAUAUCGGAAGUGUUUGAUGAAAUCGACACGGAUCACUCCGGCGUACUGUCUGACCGUGAGAUCCGCACAUUGGCCACACGCAUACAUGAACUCCCCUUAAGUCUUCAGGAUUUGACCAGUCUGGAGCAGAUGCUCAUAAACUGUUCGAAGACUCUUCCGUUCAACCUCACACAAAUCCACUCUGUCAGCCCCACCCAGGAGGCCUAUUAUGAUCCCAGCAUGCCACCAGUCACAAAAGGUCUAGUCAUCCACUGCAAACCCAUCACAGAGAGGAUACACAAAGCAUUCAGGGACCAGAAUAAAUACAAGUUUGAAAUAAUGGGGGAGGAGGAGAUCGCAUUUAAGAUGAUACGGACCAACGUUUCGCAUGUAGUGGGACAGCUGGAUGACAUUAGGAAGAACCCGAGGAAGUUUAUCUGCUUGAAUGACAACAUUGACCACAGCCAUAAGGAUGCCAGCACAGUUAAAGCUGUACUGAGGGACUUCUACGAGUCCAUGUUCCCACUGGCCUCUCAGUUUGAGCUUCCCAGAGAGUACAGAAACAGAUUCCUCCACAUGUCAGAGCUGCAGGAAUGGCGAAUAUACAGGGACAAACUGAAGUUCUGGACCCACUGUGUGCUUGUGACGUUGGUCGCCUUCACUGUCAUGUCUUUCUUUGCUGAGCAGAUGAUCAUGUUGAAACGCCGGCUUUUUCCCAGACGCAGGGUCAGCAAAGAUGUGAACCCUGAGCGGGUGUGAGCUUUAUGGCUACUCCAUAUUCUCCUCACUGAACCCUGUCUCUCUCACUCAGAGGGCAUGAAUCAGAUGGUGUGUGAGGAGAAAAUCACAUACUCUGAACCAGAGACCCACUCCUCAAAUGCUUGUUGAUGCAAAAUGGCAUUUGCGAGACCAUUUGGAUGUGACUGGGCCAUAGUUCCUGGAGAAACUUCAUAGUACAGGACUUGUAAGCCUCCUCCACUGAGGGGCAUUUGUGAGAUACUGCAGCCCAUGAGGCAAAGCCUGCGAUCACACUCUAGGUUUUGUAUUGACUGUGAACUGCACUCAAUGGCCGAUAUUUGUUUUGCCAGUAAUAGCUUGUGAUGCGCAACACGCCAUAUGACCUUAAGUGUUUGAAUUGUAUUAAUUAAAAUAGUAUUUUAAAUGAUAAAAGGGAGUUCAAGGGUAAAGGUACUACCCAUAGAAAGGUUAAUCUCUGGUUCUGUCCAUUCAGUGCCUUUCUUUACCACAUGAAUGAAGCCAGUGAACUUUGAUGCACCACUGAAAUUCUCUUGUCUUGUGCUUUGCACGUUUGCAUCUGUUUUGAAGGGAUAGUUCACACAAAAAUGAACAUUUUGUCAUAAUUUACUCACCUUCAUGUCAUUCCAAACCCUUAUGAGUCUGAUUAUAUAUAAAAUCAUACUGGUUUGGAACAACACGAGGAUGAGUAAAUGACGCAAGUAUUUAUAUUACUGGAUGAACGAACCCUUUUAUCAGCCUGUCUCUCUUUCUCUCUUUGUAUUUGCAAAGUGGCACAAAAUCUCAUGAAACUAAAUUGCAGUUCUGAAAUUAGGAAUAUUUUGCCGUUAAUUCACGUAUAUAAGUAUAAUCAAUAAGGAACUAUUUCCCUCUCUCUAUUUUAAAUGCACGUCAGUCAUGAUCAGAAAUUUUGGUUGGAAGUCUUUCACAUGCUUGUCUCUUAGUGAGACAUUAAAUACUGACAUUGUCUGAAAUUCAGAUGCCACAUCCUGUGGCCCUGUUGUGUAUUAACUCUUCACCUAGUAUUUCAAAUCUUUUUUUCUUCCUCACUGACGUAGCUACUACUGACCUAUCCACGUGAUACAGUAUAUACGUGCCUGACUAAUCAGACUUGAGUGUAUAGACGAUGUUGAAUGAUAAUGCUGAUCUAGGAUGAAUUGUUUUCUUUUAUUUAUUAGGUUAUGAAAAAUAUGAUUCAUCUCCUUUGUGUUUUAUUUUGAAAAUGUUUGUUCCUAAGAUUCUGAAUCCUAAAAUUGUUAUUGUAUUUCUCUGAAUUCUACUGACAGCUGAUAAGUUUUGCCAGUUGGAAAUUCAACCAGCAAGGUGCCAUGUUAUUUUUUUAAUUGCUCGAGGACAAAAACCCAGUUUGAUAAUGAACUUGUACACUUAACACAAUCUAAAUGAGAAUAUAAUGAAAUGGCCUAAACUGUUAAUUAAAAAGAGUGACUUUAAAAUGUG